AUGGCCAUGACGGGAGGGACUGCAGCCGCCCUUCCCAUGAGCAACCACACCCGAGAGAGGGUGACCGUGGCCAAGCUGACACUGGAAAACUUCUACAGCACUCUGCUCACGCAGCAUGAGGAGCGAGAGAUGAGGCAGAAGAAGCUGGAGAAGGCCAUGGAAGAGGAGGGUUUGCCAGAUGAGGAGAAAGUAAUGCGGCGCUCUCAGCAUGCCCGUAAGGAGACGGAGUUUUUGCGACUGAAGAGGACGCGACUGGGUUUGGAUGACUUUGAGUCUCUUAAGGUCAUCGGCCGAGGUGCUUUUGGAGAGGUACGCUUGGUACAGAAGAAAGACACGGGGCACAUUUACGCCAUGAAGAUAUUGAGGAAAGCAGACAUGCUGGAGAAAGAACAGGUUGCUCAUAUCCGGGCUGAGAGGGAUAUUCUGGUGGAGGCGGAUGGUGCCUGGGUGGUCAAGAUGUUCUACAGCUUUCAGGACAAGAGGAACCUCUACCUCAUCAUGGAGUUCCUGCCUGGAGGCGACAUGAUGACGCUGCUGAUGAAGAAGGACACUCUGUCUGAAGAAGCCACGCAGUUCUACAUCGCAGAGACGGUUCUGGCCAUCGACUCCAUCCACCAGCUGGGCUUCAUCCACAGAGACAUCAAACCAGACAACCUGCUGUUGGAUUCCAGAGGACAUGUGAAACUGUCAGAUUUUGGCCUUUGUACGGGACUCAAGAAGGCUCAUCGGACUGAGUUUUACAGGAACCUGACGCACAACCCGCCCAGUGAUUUCUCCUUUCAAAAUAUGAACUCCAAGAGGAAAGCAGAAACCUGGAAGAAGAACCGGAGGCAGCUGGCUUACUCCACUGUGGGGACUCCAGACUACAUCGCUCCUGAAGUUUUCAUGCAGACGGGGUACAACAAGCUGUGUGACUGGUGGUCUCUGGGUGUGAUCAUGUAUGAAAUGCUCAUCGGUUACCCACCGUUCUGCUCGGAGACGCCGCAGGAAACGUACAGGAAGGUUAUGAACUGGAAGGAAACUCUCGUCUUCCCACCUGAAGUCCCCAUAUCAGAGAGGGCCAAAGACUUGAUAUUAAGGUAUUGCACAGAUGCUGAGAACAGGAUCGGAGCUGUGAGUGUGGAGGAGAUCAAGAGUCAUCCGUUCUUUGAGUCGGUGGACUGGGAGCACAUCAGGGAGCGGCCAGCCGCCAUCUCCAUUGAAAUCAAGAGUAUCGACGACACCUCAAACUUUGACGACUUCCCUGAAUCAGACAUCCUUCAGCCAGCCAACGCGACGGAGCCAGACUUCAAGUCGAAGGACUGGGUGUUCCUCAACUACACGUACAAACGCUUCGAGGGUCUGACUCAGCGAGGCACCAUCCCCACAUACAUGAAGGCAGGGAAGGCCUGACACGCUCACACGGGAAGGCAGCGUCACGGAGAAACAACAGACGUUUACGGACACAGGGUCGGGCCCUGGAGCCCCGCUGGUGCUGAAGGCUGCGCUGUCAGCCUCUCAGUCUAAAUUUAACCCUCAUCACAAGUUAUUUAGGUCUGCUCAGCCGCCGCAAGAACGCCAAGAGCUCGGAAAUUAAGGAGCGUUACCACAUUACCUCGGUUGUUUAUAUCGUAUACACGUGCCGUCUUUAGCCAUAGCUCUCAGGCCAGCUCACUAACUAGGACACUAAAUCAGCAUAUCUGCAUGUUCAGCGGCAUAUUGCUUCUGGAGAUGAUUUUUUUUACUGCCUAACGGUGACGGUGGGAAUGAGGCUUGAAUACAAAUCACUGCUUCGACAUCUUCACAUCUAUAGUUUCUACAGUGGUGGCUAAAAUGGCUCAGAUGCAAACUGAGUCUUUGAUAUUGAAGACAAGCUCUAUACACUGCAGUCAGACUCUGGAUCCGAACAGGGAUGCCUCAGUUGCAGUAACUCGUAUUCUACUACUUUAAAGAAAGUCCCAGCAUGACUUUGAGUGUUUUUGUUCACUUUCUGCUGUGUAUUUAAGACUGCAGCCAUUUAUAUUUAAAUUGCAAGGGAAAAAAUAGAUUUCUUUUUAGUUUUAAGCAACUUGUUUUGGUGAAUCAGUCAUAUGUUAUGUCAAGGGCAAAAACUACUGGAGAUACAGCUGGGAAAGGUUGUUUUUAGCAAAAAGCAAGUUAGUAAAGUGCCCAUGGAUCCCACUGAAAACUCAGUUGGCAUCAAGACUACACAAAUGUUUAGAAUGUUGAGAGUUACAGCAUGUUAUGUUCUGUAUUAAUCACACGGUCUUAGGCUAGUCUUGCGCUAUCAUUGUGACUUUAAUGGAAAAGUGACCAGGAUGUUUAUUCAGAUAUGAGGACGACACAUUCAGAUGUUGUCAGAUAAACAGAAUGGAGCACGUUUUUGUCUUCGUCUUAUGUCCACGAGCAGCUGACAUGGAAGAAUAACUGCAAUUCUUGGGAUUUCUGUACAGUUUUUUUUUUUUUUUGUAGAAGAAAAUUUUGCAUCCUCUUCUGCUUCAAGGUUUCCUAGCAGUUAGCUCAGUUAGCAACUGUUUUUAUUUCCAGCUUCUACGGUUUAUUACACCCAACCUCUACGUUCUGUUGUCACAAUGUAGCCUCGUUUAUUUGCUCCAGAGUAGUCAAUGGAGAGACAAUUAAGUCAGAUUUUCUCUUUUUUUUUGGCAACCUUUCAAGAGUUUGCUUCAAAAUUGCCUAACAGAUAUGAAAACGUGGCCACUGUAGAAAUCUUAGCAUACUGAUGUUAGCAUUUAGCUUCAAUUUAAAGCCUCAAAGAACCUCUGGUAUAGCUUUAUACUCCAAUUUACUUUAUCAGUAUGAUUCUACAAAUACAAGUCAGUCAGAAUUUGUUAUCCUGAUUGUUUUUACUCAUAGCGAUGAAUGAGGCUGAACUGAAAGUGUUUUGGCUGCUUGGCACUGGUUUCAAGUGACUUCUCUCAAAGCUUUAACAAUCUGUGACUGCAUCAAAGGAUCGAAAAUAUACAACAAAUGAGCAAACACUCAAAUCAUGCUGGAAUCCUUCUUUAAUCCUCAUGCUAGUGAUACACGGCACGUCUUUGUGGAGGCUCAGUGGGGUAACACCACCCCGGCGCUACUGCUCUUCUCACAGAGGAACAACUAGUUGCCAGGAAACAUGUAAAUGCUGUUUACCCUGUGCUUGACAUCCGUUACUGCAGAGUGUUGCCCAUUCACAUUGCCAAACAAACUGCUGAGUGCGCCCCUUCCCUUCGGAGCCGCUUGUUUUGUUCAGAUCAAUGCUACAGUAAUUGAUAUUUCCCCUCAUUUUACUUCUAAUCAGUCCAAGGCCCAAUUACUUCCUUCUUAGAUGGACAAAACAUGCAAAGUGCCUUUUAAAAAUAGCUAAUAAAUAUUUAACCAGAUAUUUAGCUGUAUUUUAGCAGAGAUUAAUCAGAAGGCAUUCGUUAAAGUUAGAUUCAAAAUACAGAAGCCGUUUGACUGAGGGAAGUAGCAACAGGGAAAAUUCUAAGAAGGCUGGGAAGGGAAAAGCUUUAUUGGUAAACUAAAAUAAAUAUAAAGAUCUGAUGUGUCAGUUAUAUUUAAUGUCUGCAGAGUGAUAAAGCAUAUGUGAAGUAAUAAAGGUGAUAAAAGAGCAAAGAAACAAAGGCAGUAAAGGACAGCAGGUGUUUAUAGGGUAGAUAUUGGACCAGGAGGCUCAUAAAAAGGUAAGGUGUCAGUGAAAACACAAUGAACAAUCUGUCUUUCUCAAGGAAGGAUGAACGUAAAUUAGAUACGAGAAACUACAUAAAAGUAGAUGAACACGGUGGAUCUGUUAGAGGUGUGUUUCAUUACUCUCAAGUUCCUUCAUUAGUUGUUCAUUUUCAAUCCAUUGGAUGUAUUUAAUGUCUUUCUUUCUCCAAAGAAGGAGAACCUUCAUGUAAUUUGAGGCCUGUUUUUCUCAGCAAAUCAAACCAUUUAACCAACAUCAGAGUUGUGACUAGGCACAGAAGAGUUACCAAAGAACUCUGAUCAUCACAUGUCGUGAUCUGUACACAAAUUUAGAUGUAGCUGUCGCUUACUGCACUUAACUUAAAACUACCUUACAAGAAAACACCUUUCCAAGAGAGCUAACGUCGGCUAUGGAAUAAUUUGCCAUUUCUAUUUCUACACUUGUGAGAAAAUGAGAGUGCAUGGAUGGCUGUUUCUCAGUUAGGAUGUCUGUUAAGUGUCGGGUUAUAAAUGUACAUACAGGAAACUUACUGUACCACAAGUAAGCUGUAGCCAUCACAGGAGUCCCAUGUUCAACUGCUUGUGGUGCUAUUUCUGAGGGAUUUAUUGGGAAAGUAAGCGGUCUAGCAGUUUGAUUAGAGUGAGUCACUAUAAUACCCAUGCAAGUCUCUUUUAUUUUACCUGCUUAUUUCAUUCACAUAGUCCUGCUGAAAAUCAAGACUGACAAAACGUACAAACUAUGUUUGACUGAUGAGGGAUUUUGAAGGCAGAUAUGUGUAUAUUUUUGUAUUAUUUAUUCUUUUCAUGUUUUCCGUGAAGGUGUUGAUGAAUUGGAUUUUUGCCAAUGUUUACUAUAUUUAAAUUGGAGGAUUUUCAUGUUAUUUCUUUGACCUAAAAUUUAAAGGGGCACUCCAGCUUUUGUGUAAAGUGAAGAAGCAAAAGAAACUUGAUGCAGCAGAUGCCAAGAUAUCUUGACUUUCUGUCUCUAUAGACAAUGUUCUAAACCAGUGAAGCCCACGUCUCACAGUGCAGCUUGAUAAUGGUUUUCACUACAUUCUUUCCAUCUGCUCAUGUCUUCCAAACUCCACACCUGUUUGUAAAGCUUUCUGUUCACUAUUUGUAGUCACUUUGACAUCUGGGUAACUUUUUUUUCCAGGCUUUGCUCCCUCCUUAGCAGACAUCAUAUGACUGUAUUCACUAGAGCCUGACUGAUGUACACUGCUGUUGAAAAAUUUGGGGUUACUUAGAAAUAUCCUUAUUUUUGAAAGAAAGGCAGCUUUUUUCAAUGAGGAUAACAUUAAAUGAAUCAGAAAUACAGUCUAAACAUUGUUAAUGUGGUAAAUGACUAUUCUAGUCAUGGAAAACAUGAAAUUGUCUGGGCGACCCCAAACCUUUGAGCAGUAGUGUAUAAAUAUAAAAAAUAUCACAACAUAAUGCAGGAAGAGAUGCUUGGGAUAAUUUGGAAAUGGUUUCAUCAAAUAGUUUGUCCAGCAGAACAGUUCCAGCUCCAUUCUUUACAAAACUAUCAGCACUGUCUGCAGCACAUGUAGCACUUCACAGUUUAACAGAUGGUGGUGCGGAGUCAAGCUUUGUCCACUCAGUAAAUUGAUAACUACUUUAUGAAAUGCACUGCUUGAAAGUUAACAAACAAUGACCCCGUCGUUUCUCCUUUUUAAUCCAACAUACUGUACACUACCAUUGAAAAGUUUGGGGUCACUUAGAAAUGUCCUUAUUUUUGAAAGAAAAGCAUUUUUUUCCAAUGAAAAUAACAUUAAAUGAAUGAUAAAUCCAGUCUAGACAUUGUUAAUGUGGUAAAUGACUAUUCUAGCUGGAAACAGCUGAUUUUUAAUGGAAUAUCUCCAUAGAGGUACAGAGGAACAUUUCCAGCAACCAUCACUCCUGUGUUCUAAUUCUACAUUGUGUUAGCUAAUGGUGUUGAAAGGCUAAUUGAUGAUUAGAAAACCCUUGUGCAGUUAUGUUAGCACAUGAAUAAAAGUGUGAGUUUUCAUGGAAAACAUGAAAUUGUCUGGGUGACCCCAAAUUUUUGAAUGGUAGUGUAUAUAUUAUAGAAAAUCAGCUGAUGUAAUGAUAUCUGAAUUUUUUACUCCCUGAAAACUGUUAUUGGUCAGACUGAGCAAACCUCUCAUGACAAGUAAACUGAACUUGAUUUGUUCAUUUUGGUGGAGUGCCCCUUUAACCAGGGACAGAAAAUGCCUUGAAAUAUAAGCCAAUCAGUCUUCAUCAUAUCAGACAGACACCAUUGGAUAAUUCAAAUGUAUGGGUCUAAUCCAAGUACAAAUGUAAUCAAAACUAAGACCGGGUUGCAACAAGGCCUCACUGGAGGACAGUAGCAGUACAGAUGCAUGAUGGGGGUUUUAGCUGAUGGCUACCACUGCAGCUUCCCGGCUGUGUCUAAUCACUGGAACACACAGACACAGCCUGGAAAAAGCUCAGCUGCUGUAUUCCUCACUUCAGAUGGUUCAUGGAAAACUUGUGUGUGACUGAGUGUGAGUGUGUAACUGCAAAAAAUGACAUUUUCACCAAGUACAUAUCCAGAGCUUUUUGUUGUGAGGUGAUGUGUCACCACCUUCAAUGUCAAACUCAUGUUCUGUUUUGUAAUAGAAAAAUUACCACACUUACUGUUUCUUCAUCAGAAGUAGAUGGAAAUGGAGGGUAAACUACUGUGUUUGGGAUCCUUACAAUUCUCUCUAUAUAUAUUUAAGAUAACUUGAAAUCCAUUACUGUGUCACUUUAUCUAAAGGGAGUUAAAUUAUUGUGACUUCAAUUUUCCACGAGGUGGAGGAGAGUUCAGGAGAGGUUUCACUUUGAUCAUAUGUGACUAAGCCGGACAAUUCAUGUGUGAAGGACCAAACCAGCUCACUGACUCAGCCUGUGUGUUGUUAGGCACAUCACUGUCACAUAAUGUUUCACCAUGAAUGAAACAUUAUGCAUUAACUAAGAGAGCAGGGAAAAGUGUAUAUAUCCUGUUAAAAAAAAAAAAAAAAAAGCAACUCACAAAAAUGAAAGAAGAUUCUAGUGUUAGACGCCUUCAAAAUGCUAGUAAUUUGGCUAAUCCGAAUUAAUUCCCCCUUUGUUAAAGUCUCCUCGUGAACUUCUUAAGGUUAUCAAACUGCCCUCCACAGGCCAGGACUGUGUUGUGAGGUAUUUUGUGUAAUGAUGUGUACAUAGUGUUGUAGACACUCGAAGGAAACUGUCUGUGGAGUGAAGGAAGAAAUGCUCAUUAAUAUAUUCAUUCACGUUGGUGAGUUUUUAUGUUGAUAAAAUGCUUCAAAUAAUAAAAUUAAACACUUCAA